AUGUGCGGGGAAUGUGGAUACUGUGCGGAUAAGUCGUCUGACUUAACCUUGCAUAUAAAAACACACGCAGCUGAAAAACCCUACACGGGCCUUAAUUCUACUGCAGAGAAACACAACAUUGACUACCACAUGACAGCAAAGCAUUGUCAAAAACCCUACAUGUGUGCGGAUUGUGGAUACAGAGCAACGCAAAUAACUGACUUGUCCAAACACGUGAGAAUCCAUGCAGGAGAUAGACCGUACAAGUGCAACCAGUGUGACUAUUCCGCCGCACGAAAGUCCAGUUUAGACAUGCAUCUAGCAAAACACAGUGCACGGAAAUCCAGUUUGGACCAACAUCUAGCAAACCACACUCAAGACAAACCCUACAUGUAUGGGGAGCGAGGGUACAGGGCAGCUCAAAGGUCUACAAUAUACCAACAUUUGAAACCCCAGUCAGAUGAAAAACCAUACAAGUGUGACCAGUGUGACUAUUCUACAACACAGAAAUCCAGUAUAGACCAACAUCUAGCAAACCACACUGAUGACAAGCCCUACAUGUGUGGGGAAUGUGGGUACAGGGCCACUGAAAUGCCUAAUCUAUCCCGACAUAUGAGAAUGCAUACAAAUGAAAAACCCUAG